CGAAUCUUAUACAAGCUAGGCAGAAGUUCUGCAGCUUCUUCUCCUCCCUCUCUCCGCUUCAGCGUCUCCAAAGGCGGUCACCAUGUUGGAAUCUGAAACUGAGACCUUGCGAAGUACCUUUCCCUCUUACAUGGCAGAGGGCGAGCGGCUCUACCUACGCGGGGAAUUCUCUAAAGCCGCGCAGAGCUUCAGCAACGCUCUUCACCUUCAGAAUGGAGACAAGAACUGCCUGGUUGCCCGCUCUAAGUGCUACCUGAAGAUGGGAGACUUGGAGAAAUCCCUGAAGGAUGCUGAGGCUUCCCUCCAGAGCGACCCGACUUUCUGCAAGGGAAUUUUGCAAAAGGCGGAGACACUGUACACCAUGGGAGACUUUGAGUUUGCCUUGGUAUUCUAUCAUCGAGGCUACAAAUUGCGACCUGAUCGGGAAUUCAAAGUUGGAAUUCAGAAAGCCCAGGAAGCCAUCAACAACUCAGUGGGAAGUCCUUCUUCCAUUAAGCUGGAGAACAAAGGGGACCUGUCCUUCUUAAGCAAGCAGGCUGAGAGUAUGAAGGCCCAGCAGAAGCCUCAUCCUAUUAAGCAACUCUCACACAACGUCAAGAGAGAAUCCAAGCGGAGGGGCUCACUCAAGAGCGAGAAGACUAUCCGCCAAUUGUUGGGGGAGCUCUACGUGGACAAGGAGUAUUUGGAGAAGCUCCUACUGGAUGAAGACCUCAUCAAAGGCACCAUCAAGGGCGGCUUGACUGUGGAGGACCUCAUCAUGACAGGCAUCAACUACCUGGACACUCGCAGUGACUUCUGGAGGCAGCAGAAGCCAAUCUAUGCCAGGGAGCGUGACCGCAAGCUGAUGCAAGAGAGGUGGCUGCGUGACCGCAAACGCCGUCCCUCACAGACGGCCCGUUACAUCCUCAAGAGCCUGGAGGACAUUGACAUGUUGCUGACCAGUGGCAGUGCCGAAGGGAGUCUUCAAAAAGCUGAGAAAGUGCUGAAGAAGGUGUUGGAAUGGAACAAAGAGGAGGUGCCCAACAAGGACGAACUGCUUGGGAACUUGUACAGCUGCAUAGGGAACGCCCAGAUUGAACUGGGGCAGAUGGCCGCAGCCCUGCAGAGCCACAGAAAGGACCUGGAGAUCGCCAAGGAAUAUGACCUUCCUGAUGCAAAAUCAAGAGCUCUUGACAACAUUGGCAGGGUUUUUGCCAGAGUUGGGAAAUUCCAGCAAGCCAUUGACACGUGGGAAGAGAAGAUUCCUCUAGCCAAAACCACCCUGGAGAAGACCUGGUUGUUCCAUGAGAUUGGCCGCUGUUACCUGGAGUUGGACCAGGCCUGGCAGGCUCAGAAUUAUGGUGAGAAGUCUCAACAGUGCGCCGAGGAAGAAGGGGACAUUGAGUGGCAGCUGAACGCCAGCGUUCUCGUGGCACAGGCACAAGUGAAGCUGCGAGACUUCGAGUCAGCCGUGAACAAUUUUGAGAAGGCCCUGGAGAGAGCGAAGCUGGUCCAUAACAACGAGGCACAGCAGGCCAUCAUCAGCGCCUUGGAUGAAGCCAACAAGGGCAUCAUUGAAGAACUGAGGGAAACUAACUACAAGGAGACGUUCAAAGACAAAGAAGAGGGCCCUGCUGCACCGAGUGACGACAAAACAGUCGAGGCAAAGGAGAAGGAAGAGAAAACAGGCAGCGACGAAUCGGAGAAGGUGGUGAAGAGCUGGGAAAGAGAGCACUCUGAGAUCCACAGAGACACCGAGGAGGACGAGGACGAAUUCAAGGAGGUUCCUCAGAGACUGAAAGCAGAAAAAGCCAGAAGAAGCCUCAGAGAAGAUGGCAGAAGAUCCCUAGGAGAAGUCAAGGCACUGCUGGCAGUGGGCAGGAGAGAGUCCAGGGAAAUUUACCGGAGACCUUCGGAAUCAGACCAGGAGCUUUCAGAGGGGUCAGGCAGAAAGGCCUCCGAAGGACCAGAGGAGACAGCCUCAGAAGUAGGCGCAAGAGAGGAAGAGAUGGGGGAAGCAGAAGAAGACGGAAGCGUGGAAGGAGCGGAAAAUGCCAAGGAAACGGGGCAAGGAGUAUGAGUGAAGCCUUCCUCACUGGCACGGGCAGGAGGCUGGUAUUCACAGGGGCCACGACUCUUCACUGCAUUUUCAAACUGAGAUGUGUUUUUGAUAGGGGGGAGAAAAAUGGGAAACAGGUCCCACAGGUCACUUCUACCUCCUUCUGUCACUAGUUUCUCAUUAAAAAUAUAUCUUUCACUUUUGCAAACCUUG